GGUGACUGUGUCCCUCUUGUCCCCCCAGGUGAACAGGCAUUGAUGCACCCCCAGGACAGCCGAGCGCUCCAGGAGGCCAUCCCCGCUGGCUGCUGCUCACAUGGUCUCUGGGCCCCUGGCACUCCGGUGGUGCGCGGGGGGCGGGCGCUGGGACAUGGGCCCUGACAUGGAGCUGCCCAGCCACUCCAAGCAGCUCCUGCUGCAGCUGAACCAGCAGAGGACCAAGGGCUUUCUGUGUGACGUCAUCAUCAUGGUGGACAACUCCAUCUUCCGGGCCCACAAGAACGUCCUGGCUGCCAGCAGCAUCUACUUCAAGUCGCUGGUGCUGCACGACAACCUCAUCAGCCUGGACACGGACAUGGUCAGCUCCACGGUCUUCCAGCAGAUCCUCGACUUCAUCUACACCGGCAGGCUGCUGCCCGGCGACCAGCCGGCCGAGCCCAACUUCAGCACCCUCCUCACUGCUGCCAGCUACCUCCAGCUGCCCGAGCUGGCCGCGCUCUGCCGCCGCAGGCUCAAGCGGGCAGGCAAGCCCUUCAGCUCUGCGCGGGCCGGGGCUGCCGGCCUGGGGCGGCCCGCCCGCAGCCAGCGCCUGUCCACGGCCUCUGUCAUCCAGGCCCGCUACCCAGGGCUCGGGGACGGGCGCAAGGGGGCUCACCCGCCCCAGGAGCCACCCCAGGCCAAGGGCUCAGACGACGAGCUCUUCCUUGGCAGCUCCAGCCAGGAGGGUGCGCACGCGCUGGGCCGGGCGCUGUGUCCGGCUGCUGGGGAGGCCGGCCUGGGGGGCUGCGGCGGCAGCACCAAUGGGAGCAGUGGAGGAUGUGAGCAGGAGCUGGGCCUGGACCUGUCCAAGAAGAGCCCCCCGCUGCCCCCCGCCACGCCGGGCCCCCACCUCCCGCCCGAGGACGCGGCCCAGCUGAGUGACAGCCAGCACGGUUCGCCCUCUGCGGCCCCCGUCCCCCCUGUCGCCAACAGUGCCUCUUACACCGAGCUGGGGGCUGCCCCGGAGGAGCCCAUGGAUCUGGAGGGGUCCGAGGACACGGCCCUGAGCCGCCUGGAGGGGCCCGGGGGGCAGCCCCGGAAGAGUCUCCGGCACUCGGCCAGGAAAAAGGAGUGGGGCAGGAAGGAGCCCUGCGGCCCCUUUGAGCGGAAGGAGGUGGGACCCAAGAGCGCCUGCCCUGGGGAAGAGGGCGAGGGUCUCGGGGACAGGGUUCCCAACGGCGUCCUGGGUGGCGGGGUUGGCGCCGGUGGGCCCUACGGGGAGCCCCCGUUCCCCUGCCGGGAGGAGGAGGAGAACGGAAAGGACGCCAGCGAGGACAGUGGGCAGAGCGGCAGCGAGGGCGGCGGCGGCCCCGCCGGGCCUCACUUCCUGUACCGGCCCGAGGGCUACGAGACGGUGUCCUACGGGGACAACCUGUACGUGUGCAUCCCCUGUGCCAAGGGCUUCCCCAGCUCGGAGCAGCUUAACGCCCACGUGGAGACGCACACGGAGGAGGAGCUGUUCAUCAAGGAGGAGGGCGCCUACGAGACGGGCAGCGGGGGCGCGGAGGAGGAGGCCGAGGACCUGUCGGCUCCCAGCUCGGCCUACGCCGCCGAGCCGCGGCCCUUCAGGUGCACGGUGUGCGAGAAGACCUACAAGGACCCGGCCACGCUGCGGCAGCACGAGAAGACGCACUGGCUGACGCGGCCCUUCCCCUGCAACAUUUGCGGCAAGAUGUUCACGCAGCGCGGCACCAUGACUCGCCACAUGCGAAGCCACCUGGGCCUGAAGCCGUUCGCCUGCGACGAGUGCGGCAUGCGCUUCACCCGCCAGUACCGCCUCACCGAGCACAUGCGCGUGCACUCGGGCGAGAAGCCCUACGAGUGCCAGCUGUGCGGCGGCAAGUUCACGCAGCAGCGCAACCUCAUCAGCCACCUGCGCAUGCACACCUCUCCCUCCUAGAAGCCAAAGACUGCCGC